AUGCCAAGAUCUAGAUCACGUCAAAGUAGAAGAACCCAAUCACCAGAAGAUACGCGGUCUCCUAGAAGCUCAAGAGCUCGUCGUACUAAUCUUUCAGGGCUAGAUUUGAAUCCAGAUGAAGUGGAUGAUGAUGAAGAAUACAGCGAACAGAUGCAGGAAGAUGAAGAAGAAGAUGAAGAGGAAGUGACUAAGAAUGACUCUGAAGUUUACGAGGAAGAUAAUGAAGAAGAAGAAGUGAUAAGUAAGAGGAAUCCCAGAAAGAGAAAGAUCGAUAGUGAUGAAGAUGAAGAUGAAGACAAAGUAGAUGAAGAUGGAGAAGGAGAGGUAGAAGAAGAAGAAGAAGAAGAAGAAGAAGAGGAAGAGGAAGGAGAGGGAGAAACAAAAAAGAAGCCUAUCGAACGUAAAGUACAAAUUCAUUUGGAAGAUAAACGAAGGGGCCCAAAAAAGAGAGGUAGAAAGAGGACUAGAUUGACGGUUACCGAUGACGGGUUUUUUGAUGAAGAAGGUAAUACCUUGAAUAUUAUUGAUGAUGAGGUUGUGCUUGAUGAUGAAGACCCAAAAGGUAAAGAAAAAAUCGAUGAGAAUGGUAAUUUGAAAGGAAAUAGACAGUUCCGCAUGAAAGUAUUUACUGUUUUGGGAAAUGGAGAUAAGAAAUUUAUGAUUUCGACGGAACCUGCUCGUCUUGUAGGAUUCCGUGAUUCAUACUUGUUAUUUAAGACUCAUAGAAACUUGUUUAAGAAAGUUUGUACACACGAAGAGAAGAUUGAUCUUAUUGAUAGGCACAUAAUUCCAAACUCAUAUAAAGGUAGAUCAGUUAACUUGGUUGCGGCCAGAUCCAUCUAUAGAGAAUUUGGAGCAAGAAUUAUCAAGGAAGGUAAGAAGGUAAUUGAUGAUUUCUGGGAACAAAAGGCUAUUGAUAAUGGUGAUGUUGCCGGAGAAUAUGCAGACCCGGCGGAGUUAUAUGGAAACCUUUAUAAGCAGCCAACAGUUUUAGGUGACACAGGAUCCAAUGCAGGAACUACACCAAUAGCUGGAGCCCCUGUUGUUAGUUACCAAUCUGACCCAACAUGGAUGUAUCAAAUCGCUUUGAAGACAGGGGAAUAUAACUCUAAAUUGCUCGAACAAAGAAGUCAAACAUUCAUCCGUGGUAUCAAAGAUGUAUAUACUGGGUUAAAUUUCUACCCAACAAGUACUCAACCUACAAGGGUUAAAAUGACGAAGGUUGGUGACAACGAUGAUGAAACAAUAACAUAUGAUACUAAGUUUGUGAAUCCAAACAUUCGAAAUAAGGUGACGGGUUUAAAAGAAGUACCUUUGAGCAUUUUCGAAGAUAUAGAAGAUGAAGAAAUCAAAAAUGCAAUUUUGGAACAACAAGCAUAUGAAAAAUCGUUUGUUAACUGA